CGCAUAGUAACAUUUGAUGUCUAACUCCGUUGUAAACUAGAGCUCGAAAACCAGGUAGCUGGGAAAUAUGACAUGACCAAGAACCACUGUUUUCUGACAACAUUAAAUAUAAGUAUAAUUACAACACUUGACUAUUUUUAUUCGAAACAUGUUACGGACAUUGUGUCGGGCCGGUGGCGCCGUUUUAAAGAGCUCCCAACGCACUGUGCCCAGGUUGUGGGUGACCCCAGCCCAGCAGCGAUGGGCCUCUAAUUUACCCAUGAACACAGUGGUCCUGUUUGUGCCACAGCAGGAGGCCUGGGUGGUCGAGAGGAUGGGUCGCUUUCACCGGAUCUUAGAGCCGGGACUGAACAUCCUCAUUCCCAUACUUGACCGAAUUCGUUAUGUGCAAAGCCUUAAAGAGAUUGUUAUUGACAUCCCUGAACAAUCAGCUGUAUCUCUAGAUAAUGUGACGCUUCAAAUUGAUGGAGUUCUUUAUUUGAGAAUCCUAGAUCCGUUUAAGGCUAGUUAUGGUGUAGAGGAUCCAGAAUAUGCUGUGACUCAGCUUGCACAAACCACAAUGCGUUCUGAACUGGGCAAACUCACACUGGAUAAAGUGUUCAGGGAAAGGGAGUCCCUUAAUUCCAACAUCGUCCACUCCAUCAAUCAGGCGUCAGAUGAGUGGGGAAUCCGCUGCCUGCGUUAUGAAAUCAAAGACAUACAAGUUCCACCUCGUGUUAAAGAAUCAAUGCAGAUGCAGGUGGAGGCCGAGCGUAGGAAGAGAGCCACAGUGCUGGAGUCUGAGGGGACACGGGAAGCGGCCAUCAAUGUCGCAGAGGGUCACAAGCAAGCCCAAAUCCUGGCCUCAGAGGGAGAGAAGGUCGAGCAGAUCAACAAAGCUGCUGGUGAGGCCCAAGCUGUGUUAGCCAAAGCAGAAGCCAAAGCCAAGGCCAUUCGUCUGUUGUCAGAGGCUCUGGCUGAACAGAACGGAAACGCUGCAGCCUCACUGAGCGUCGCCGAACAGUACGUCUCUGCUUUCUCCAACCUCGCGAAAGAGUCCAACACUGUGCUUCUGCCCUCCAACACUGGGGACGUUAGCGGAAUGGUCACACAGGCCAUGACUAUUUACAGCACGCUAUCCAAGCCGAUGUUAAAAGUCGACAGCAUCAAGACCAAGCCGGAGGAGCCCAGUGAAGAGCCUCCAGUCCAGUCAACAUCAGCCCACUAGCAGAGGACACCAUUACUGCACCAAACUGCAGCAGAGACAGAAAAAAGAAGAAGCAGUUUUCUACAGCUUUGGAGGCCAAUGGCUCUGCUGUGUGUCUAGUGUCUAGUGCAAAGGGCGCUCUAUCUACUGCAGGGCACAGGCUGUCGAGACUGAAGAACAGCACUUGAUAAACAGAGGCGAUGCUGAGCGAGGACAGCUGGGAAAAAGAGAGAAACUGAACCAUAAAUUAUGUUACUUGUGUCGGUCAGGUGUUGAUGGUGAUAAGGACAUGAAAUCUGCCAGUAUAUUGUCAAUGUGCAGCUUCUCUUUGAAUGGAUAUUUAGUGGCUGUGCAAUUAUAUGCAAAUGUGACUUAACAUUUUAAGCCAUAAUUAUGCUAGUACAUGACUCACAUUUAUGUGUUGUGUGUCACUCAGCCUGGUUUCUCAUGAUUAAAAAAACAUAAUUUAUUAUCAUUUUAAAUUCAGUUAUUUUUUUAUUUAUUUGCAUUUUUCUGUAUUAUAUAGAGAUUAAUUAGCUUUCAGAAGGGUGUAGUUCAAACCAUCAAAGCACUUAAGUUAAAAAAAAAAGCCUUGUAAUUCAUUUAUUUGUUGUUGAUGUUGGGAUCAUGUGUUUGAGGAGAAUUUUGGUCAUUGAGAGAGAGAAAGAAAUAAAAGUUUCAAUUGUA